ACCAUUUCCGUGAACGUGCAGGCAUGCGCAGUGAAMUAGCAAUGACAUCGAUUGUUGUUGUUUCUCUGGGCAACUGAUAUUGAAGUUAGAUACCGGUACAUUUGUUGCCAUUGUAUAAUCGAAUAUUGGACAUAGCGCGCGGACUAAAUCGCUGCUGAACGAACGCUACAUUGUAUCAAAUGCGAUGGGUGCUGCAUCGAGCACAGAGGGUGAAAGGGAACCUCUUGUUCCUCCUGACCGCGAGACGAGCAUUCAGCCAGUUUACAGCCAAGUCUACGGGAGAAGAUGGCUGGUUCUGACUCUGUUUUCCUCGUUGGCGUUCAUGCAAGGGAUAGUAUGGAACACCUGGGGCCCAAUUCAGAACUCUGCCAUGCAUGCGUACGAUUUCACCAAAUCUGACAUCGCCGUGCUUGUUCUUUGGGGGCCAGUGGGAUUCGCGCCUUGGCUGCUAUUUAUAUGGCUAAUGGACAAAAAGGGUCUGCGGGUGUCUCUUCUACUGUCAGCCUUCUUCAUGGUGAUUGGGGCAGCGCUGCGAAGUGUCCCUGUACCAGAACAACAUCUAAGACGAUGGUUAAUACACGCRGGUCAGCUGCUGAAUGGUUUGGCUGGUCCAACCAUAAUGAGUGCCGGCCCCCUCCUCUCCACCACAUGGUUCGCUCCGGACCAGCGAGCCACAGCCACCGCUGUCGCCUCAUUGGUGAGCUACCUGGGGGCGGCGUGCUCCUUCAUUGUCGGCCCACUGCUUGUGCCCGCCCCCAACGACACCACGCGUGCCAUGGUGAACCGAGCCAUCGUCUCAACAGACACCCAGAUGAACCACAUACGAGACAGAAUCCAACUGGUUUUGUAUGCAGAGUUUGGUGUGGUGGCGAUGCUGUUUGCUGCGGUGCUGCUCUACUUCCCCUCCCGACCCCCCAUGCCUCCCAGUGUGGCUGCUGCCAGCCAGAGACUCAGCUACAGGAGCAGCAUCUGCAGACUACUCAGUAACUUCCGGUUCCUGAUGAUAGCAUUGGCCUACGCGGUGCCUACAGGGGUGGUGGCAGGCUGGUCAGGAGUUCUGGACAUGAUCCUCACCCCUGCCAGAGUCAGCCAGGUGGAUGCUGGCUGGAUCGGGUUCUGGUCCAUUGUGGGCGGCUGUGUGUUUGGAGUGGCCAUGGCCAGGUUUGCAGAUUCUAUCCGGGGCAUGCUGAAGCUCAUCCUGGUCCUGAUGAUGGCUGGUGCUUCCCUGGCCUCCACCUGGUUCACAUUAACCUGCCUGACCAGGCUCACACACCUACCCUCCACUGCAGCCACCCUGUACACCUCCUGUAUCCUGGUGGGCAUCUUCAUCAACAGUAGUGUGCCCAUCUUCUUUGAACUCUUCAUCGAAACCGUGUACCCCGUGCCAGAGGGCAUCACCUGUGGUGUGGUCACCUUCCUCGGUAACCUGGUCACCGGCUGCCUCCUCUUCUUCCUCACCUUCUACAGCACAGAGUUGUCGUGGCUAAACUGGUGUUUGACGGGCUCCUGUGCCUUCAGCCUCGUCCUCAUCCUCUUCUUCAGGGAAUCCUACGACCGCCUCUACCUAGACGUCUUUGUUUCAGUCUGACACACACACAAAGACUGYAACAAGAGGAGAACAAAGACAGGAACAUUUGAAACACACUGCACAGAGAAGAAGAGGAAGAAAAAAUWGAUUUCAGAAGUGCAACCUUGUGCUCUUUUACGUUUUAAGUAUAACUGUAGUUGUAAACGUGUAAUAUGACGGUGAUUCAUUGUGAUUUCCUUGUAGCCAAUGAGAAGCACCAGCCAAGGGCCUCAGACAAUUAGUCAUUAAUGUUAACUCUUUAUCAGUGUCGGUCUGUUGGUCCUCUGAUGCAGCAUUGUCUUGUCUUUUUUUAUAAUGUAAACUACAGUGGGACUUGGUCAUGGCAUGAUGAGGGACUGUUGUUGUCUAAAGAUGCACUCUGUGGCAGGUGGUUUCCCUGUGGCCUGGCUGUCCUCUGAUCUUAAUGAGAGAAGAGAGGCCUGAUUGGCUGAGUAGCUCUAGCAGCCAAUCAGCAAGCCCCACCYUGCCAGUCUGUGCUAACAAGGGACCYUAUAGCAUUUUAMUGUCACUCAUAACUGCUGGUUAUGAAUUGCAGGGGGGUAAAACUGUCAAACUAAGCUGUUUUGUAGAAUUACCUGUGAUAUUACAUGUCUUUUAAUAGUGACAUAUGGUSGCCUUUUUUUACUAUAUCCCCCUCUCUCAAGACUUAUGCAAGACAUUUUUUCUCCCUAUGGGAUUGAAUUGAUUGGAGGKCGUGCAGGUUCCUGCCAGUGUCGUCGGCAAUGAUUGGACACCACCCUGGUGCACGCCAGUGUCUUGGGAUAUGAUUGGAUGAGCCCCAGAGACCGCCUCUCUCUGCAUGCAAAGUCACUSCUUUAAACUCUCAUCUCUGUGUGUGUCGAGGCUCUGCUGGUCUCCUGGUGUUACCACACAAUCCGUUUUAAUGAGCAGUUCAGAAUAUGGAUGUUGGAAGUAGCAGUUUCCCCGUGUCAUUCUGACCUUCCAGCUGACAGCAGGAGUCAGACAUUUUGGUUUGGAGUUGGUUAAUAUGCAGACGAACAUUUCAAAAUUGUCAAAUGUUUUUUGUUGUAGCUGUUUACAGUUUGUUAUACUARAUAGGAGAUUUUUGAAUUUUGAACUAAACUUGUUUCAGUGAGAAAGGCAUGUUUUUWAAAAUGGUUUUAACGUGAAAUAUUUCUCAGUAGAAAUGUCCAUUAUUAUUUCAGAUAUGUAUUUAUUGAGGGAUCAGAACACUAACACAGUAGAUACAGAGACAAAUACAAAAUACUCUGUAAUGAAAUAUGUGAAUACUGCUGCUGCACAGCUGAGACUGUGGCUGAUUCUGUGGAAACCACAAACUAUUAAGUCACUUAAUAAGUKACUUAUUAAGUCCCCAAGAAGCUGCUCUACAUCUACCGCACAACAUUCACCAGCAGUAGUCACUGUGCUGAGGACACUGACAACAAGAGGCAGGUAGUGGUUCGGUAAGCACCUCCUUGCCUGGARGGUCAGGGAUGGACUUGGAGGGGAUGCUUACUUUCCCACAGAGAAAUAACACAGAUAUUGAACUGAUGUUCAACAUGAAAAAGAAGGGAAUGG